AUGACUACUGAUGCUACUAUUACCAUGACUACUGAUGCUACAACGAUGGCUACUGAUGCUACUACCAUGACUAGUGAUGCUACUAAUACUAUGACCACUGAUGCUACAACGAUGACUACUGCUGCCACUAAUACUAUGGCAGUUGAUGCUACUACCAUGACUACUGAUGCUACUAAUACUAUGACUACUGAUGCUACUAAUACUAUGACUACUGAUGCUACUAAUACUAUGACUACUGAUGCUACUAUUGCCAUGACUACUGAUGCUACAACGAUGGCUACUGAUGCUACUACCAUGACUAGUGAUGCUACUAAUACUAUGACCACUGAUGCUACAACGAUGACUACUGCUGCCACUAAUACUAUGGCAGUUGAUGCUACUACCAAGACUACUGAUGCUACUAAUACUAUGACUACUGAUGCUACUAAUAUUAUGACUACUGAUGCUACUAAUACUAUGACUACUGAUGCUACUGAUACUACGACUACUGCUGCUGCCUGA